CUCUCUUAUUCCUGAUGUAACAUACAGUGGGGUCCAAAAGUCUGAGACCACUAGUGAAAAUGCUUACUGCUAUUUUGCAUUCUUUUCUUAUUGAAUGCAAUAAUUUUCAAUAUAACUUAUAUGCAUUGACAACAACUUGAGUGAAAGAGUCUUUGAAAUAUUUCACAGUUUCUUAGUAUGGGGUACAUCCCCUUUUUGCUUUAAUGACAGUGCAUGCUCGAGCUGGUAUGGACUCCACAUGUUAUGAUCCAUUUUAGAUCGAAAUCAUCGGCCUGUCGUCUGAACACACGUGAUUAGACAUGAGGACGUGAUUAGACAUGAGGAAAAUCUGACCUGUACAAUAUCAUGGUCAAUAUCACACAUUUGCAUACAUUUAAAUAGUGGCCUAGAAGUAUUGCAGAAUAUUAAAUAUUAUAUAGAUAUUGAGAAUUUAUUUAUUUUAAUAUUAACAUAUUGUUUUAUUUCCAAUUUUAAAUGGGGAAAAAUAAUAAUAGUCUUUAUUGGUCUCGCACGCACACACACACACACUACAGCACUCCUCGCACACCCCAGCAUUCCAGGAACCUGGGGUCAGCCAUGAUACAGUGUCCCUGGAGCAGAGAGGGUUGUGUGUGUCAAGUAACAGAGGCAGUCUUGCUGCUUGUGUUACUUCACCUUAGUGCAGCUUUUGAUACUAUAGAUCAUACUAUUCUCUUUGACAGAUUAGAAAAUGUUGUUGGCAUUAAGGGAACAGUCCUCUCCUGGCUCUGGUCUUAUCUGACCGAUCGUUAUCAGUUCGUAGAUGUAAAUGGAGACUUCUCAACGCAUAACAAGGUUAAAUUUGGUGUUCUACAAGGUUCUGUUUUAGGCCCACUGCUUUUUACUUUAUAUAUGCUACCUCUAGGUCAAAUUAUUCAUAAACAUGGAAUUAGAUUCCACUGUUAUGCUGAUGAUACACAGUUGUAUGUUUCCGAGAAGCCAGAGGACAGACAGCAGCUUAGUAAAGUUGAAGAAUGUGUAAAGGACAUUAGACGUUGGAUGCUAAUUAACUUCCUUUUACUCAAUUCUGAUAAGACAGAAGUACUUGUACUAGGACCACGUGUAGCUAGAAGUAAGCUUUCUGAUCACAUAGUUACUCUGGAUGGACUUUCUGUUUCAUCAUGUGCAGCAGUAAAAGACCUUGGAGUGAUUAUUGACUCCAGUCUGUCAUUUGAUGCUCAUGUAGAUACUAUUACUAGGAUAGCCUUUUUUCAUCUCAGAAUUAUUUCUAAGAUAAGAAAUAUAUUGUCACUACAUGAUGCAGAAAUUUUAGUUCAUGCUUUCAUCACCUCUAGACUAGAUUUCUGUAAUGCCUUACUGUCUGGAUGUUCCAGUAGGAGCAUAAACAAACUCCAGUUAGUCCAGAAUGCAGCUGCUAGAGUCCUAACUCGAACCAGAAGAUACGACCUUAUCACAACUGCAUUGGUUCCCAGUGAAAUCUCGCAUUGAUUAUAAAAUACUGUUAUUAACCUAUAAAGCACUAAAUGGUCUUGCGCCACAGUAUCUAAGCGACCUUUUGGUUUUCUAUGAUCCGCCACGCCUACUUAGAUCGAAAGAUGCAGGCUAUCUGACGGUACCUUGAAUACUGAAGGCUACAGCAGGGGGACGAGCUUUCGCUUAUGGAGCCCCACUGUUAUGGAACUGUUAGUGUUCGGGACUCAGACACAGUCUCAGUUUUUAAGUCUAGGCUUAAAACGUAUUUGUUUACUCAAGCCUACCCUGACUAGACUUUCUAUUAUGCUAAGCACAGUCCUAACAGUCUCUUCUCUCCCUUUCUCCUUCUGCCGAGCCACACACAAUUUUAUGGAGAUACUAGAGAUACUGAUCCUUUCUGCUCUCCGGACCUGCCUGAUCCGUUUAGGAUGUCCUGCCUCUGGAUGGAGCUCUCAUCUACUCCAAUUCCAGAUUGCUGGGACUACGGCUGCUUCUAAGGCCAAACAGACUUCAUAUAAAACCCUAAUGAACUUUUUCACACUAUCUGUUGUUACCCAGAUGAGGAUGGGUUCCCUUCUGAGUCUGGUUUCUCUCAAGAUUCCUCAAAACUUGCCAUGUUCAGUUACCCUGCAGCCUGGUCCUGAGGACACUGGAAAGGCCUGUGGGGUAGAUUACGAGAUAAGAGCUUUCUGUGCCAGGUCUGUGGAGGAGAAGAUUCAUAAACGAAAUUCUGUCCGAUUAGUGAUUCGUAAAGUGCAGUAUGCUCCCGAGAAGCCAGGUCCUCAGCCAAUGGUGGAGACAACACGGAGCUUCCUGAUGUCUGACCGCUCUCUGCAUCUAGAGGCAUCUCUAGAUAAAGAGCUGUAUUACCACGGUGAGCCCAUCAGUGUGAACGUUCAUGUCACCAACAACUCAACCAAGACUGUCAAACGAGUCAAAAUAUCAGUGCGGCAGUACGCUGACAUUUGUCUGUUCAGCACAGCUCAGUACAAAUGUCCAGUGGCGCAGCUUGAAGCAGAUGACCAGGUAUCGUCCAGCUCCACGUUCUGUAAGGUGUACACGCUCACUCCCACCCUGAACAAUAACCGAGAGAAGCGAGGGCUGGCUCUGGACGGCAAGCUCAAACACGAAGAUACCAACCUGGCCUCCAGCACCAUUGUUAAAGAUGGAUGUAAUAAGGAGGUUCUCGGAGUUCUGGUGUCCUAUCGAGUCAAAGUUAAGCUGGUCGUCUCCCGUGGAGGAGACGUCUCGGUCGAGCUGCCGUUUGUCUUAAUGCAUCCUAAACCCAUAGAUGUUCCCACUUCUCGACCAGCCUCAGCUGUACCAGAGGCAGACCCUCCUAUCGACACCAACCUCAUAGAGUUUGACACAAAUAGCUUCACCCAGGACGACGACCUGGUGUUUGAAGAUUUUGCUCGUCUACGGUUAAAAGGGACCACUGACGACAAGGAUGAGGACUGCUGAGCCUUCUUUCCUUCUGUCCUCCCUCCCUUUUCCACCUACACAGCCCAGAAACUUACAGCAUGAAGUAAAAUCACCGACUAAUUUACUCAAAAUGAACAAUCUUUCAUAACGGAUCUCCUUCCUGGUCGUCUUAUCGUUCCUUUUGAUGAUGCAGUGUUUUGUCAACAUUUGGAAAAUACUAAAAGGAUCAUUUAAGGAAUGGUGCUGUAGUUUAAAGAGUAUUGAACAAAGAAACAGAGAGAAUUAACCACCUUUUCUUAUGAAUAAAUAAUGAGCUCGUGUGAUUCUUGUGCCAAACAUCGAUGUAGGAAAUCUAGAUGCCGCACUACAUGGAUACGUCAGCGAUUGCAAUCUAGGGAGAACUGCAGGUCUGUGUUCGUUCUCAAUAAAUUAGCUCCGUUACAGACGUCAUACGUUUCUCAACGCUGCAGGUAACAUAAGUAUACCUGCUCUGCCGAUUCAUUCGAUUAAGCCUAACUGCUGAGAAACUUCUGCAAAGCAGAGGGAUGUCUGCUAAUAUGCAUUUGGACAGAAAUAUUCAUAAUGCAUGAUAAGACGGGUCAGAAUUGAGCAAGCGUUUUAUUAGUAUCAAUGCCUUUAUAUCUAUUUCACAACGAUGAAAACAUGAAUCCAGGAACAGGAUGACCAAAAUACACAAAGUAUAAGCUUCAUGUAGACAUAGCUUAACAAACAUGUUCAUCACAGGGUAGCACAGUGGCGCAGAGGGUAGCUCCAUGUCCAAUCCUGAGCUCGUGUUACAGUCUGGGUAGAGUUUUGCACGUUCUCUCCGUGCCUGCAUGGGUUUCCUUACACCUCCCAAAAAAUAUAGGAGGUUUGAAUGUGUGCGCGCGCAUAGUAAGUAAGUAAGUUUUAUUUAUAACGCACAUUUAACACCGCGAAGCUGACCAAAGUGCUGAACAGAGUAAAGAAAAGUCAAAUAGAAAACAGAAUAAAACCAAAUAAAGACAGACAAUAGACAAUAGUGUAAAAAAAAAUAAUAAUAAAUUUUCGGAUUAAAAUGCCUGGGAGAAGAGAGAUGUUUUCAAUCUCUUUGUAAAAGUGGUAAUUGAAGGUGCGAGGGGGAUGUUCAGUGGCAAUUGAUUCCAUAAGCGUGGGGCAGCAACUGAAAAAGCUCUAUGUGCAUGGUGCCCUGUGGUGUGUUCAGGGUGUGUUCCCGGGAUAGGCUCCAGAUCCACCACAGCCCUGAAAGGAUAAAACCGUUAUAGAAGACGAAUUAAAAUUCAUCGUCAGUUGAACGAAUAACACGUACACCAUGACGUAUGCUAAACAGCCUACUUAACACUUCUUCAGAAAUCCAACAGCAAAACUUGGCAAACUGUUGUGCACACGCACUACCAGACAUUAACAUUAAGGAAUAAAUUAGGCAGUGAGAGAAGCUCUUACCCAUUAAACAGUAAACCCACUUCUUCAGCAGAUGUAACGCUGCUGCAAAGUUCUUCAUAAAAUGAAAACAACGAAUCCGUGUUCUCUUGCUUUGAGCUGGCGGUGAUUGUUGUAUCCUGCUGCAGUGUGCUGAUUCAGUAGAGUCAACCUUGUCUGUUUUCAGCCUAAUGUGGCAUCUAGGUGUUCUACAUGGUGCCAAUCAUGGUUCGAGGUUAAAUACAAAAAAAAAAAAAAGUAUAUGGAUUUGGAAAGAAAAUCCAAAUUGUGAGAACUUCUGUUUUGUUGUUCUGUGAUAUCUUGAAGUUGAUUUUGAAAUGCCUUUUAGCUUCAUUUCUACAAUGUGUUUUGACAUUAGUAAAUGAGUGUUAAUAAUCUUAAUUAUUAUGAGUUAUAACACAAACAUGAUGAAGAAAUAUCCGUAUUGGGAAUCCCAGGCGAAGCACUGUCACACACAACCUCUUUACCGUGCAUCAUGUUUUACAAAGUGCUCAUUAGCUAACCGUUAAACAGUUGAACAUGAUUAAUACUAAUAGGAUGUUUUGUUUGUGUUGUCCAUGGCAUACUGUGUCCAACCCUCAGGUACACUGGCUCAUUCCUUCUUUAUUCACGGUGACGGAAUCGGUGCUGAUAUGGAGUGUGCUUCAGUCGAGCCGUAAUGGCGGAAAGGCGUUUACAUUUACCAUACAGCACCUUCAUGUGUAAAUAAACAUGCUACUUUUGAACAAACUCAUCAGGUCAUGGGGGGAAAAAAAGGAGUAUAAUUAUCUUCAUGUUAAUACAAGUUUAAUAACUGUGACAUGUCAUUGUUUUCCAUUUACUUUUUUUUUUAUUUCAGAAUUUAUUUAAUUUUUUUAAUAAAAUAUAAAAUGCCAAA